AUGAUGAGUGAAGCAAACAGAGUAAAAUUGAGGAACUCCAAUAUAUGCGAUAAAGAACUGGAGGAAAGCGUAAGGAAAUUAAUAGAAGAAGUUGGGUAUAAUGAUUCAUCAGAAGAUGAAACAGAUAUUAUAAUUUCCACCGAAUUUAUUAAUCGGAAUUUAUUAGCUUUUUUAAAAAUUAAUAGUAAAGCAAAUAAAAUAUGGUAUAACAAAUGCCUUAAGGAAAAAGAAAAGUAUUGGGAAAAGAAAAUGAAAUUCUGGAACCAAUUUGAAAUAUAUACAUGGUCUGAAUUGUUUUUUGGAGAAAAAACGAGAGGAAUAGAUCAAAAUUGGAAAAACAAAAUGUGGGAUAUUUGGUUUACUUACAUCCAUAGAAUCAUGUGGAUGGAAGAUGUUGAAGACACGAAACAAUUUAAAAAAAGAAUUGAAAAAUGUUAUUCUUAUAUUUAUAUUAGUAAUAAAUAUACUAAAAAGAAAAGACAUUUUGAAAAGGUAAAACAAAAAAAAAUCCUCAAUGCAUGGAAUCACUUUAUAAAUUCCAAUUUAGAAAAAUGGCAAAAGGAAAGGAAGGCGGCAGCAGAGCCAACCAAGAGUAAGUCUAAGAAGAGGAGGACGAAAAAGGCAAAUGCCUCUUAA